AUGGCUCAGCUGGAUGACCAGCCGCAACUCACUUUCCGAGCGAUCAGCGUUGGCUUGCUCGUCGGGACUUUACUUUGCUUUGCAAAUGUUCAAUUCGGCCUGCAGACGUCUUGGGUCACAAUGGCAAGCUUACAGUCUGCGCUCGUAGGCUAUGCUAUCUGUCGUGCCAUCGAAAGCGCCGGGCUCUUUGCAGCUAGCCCACUCUCGGCGAAAGAGAAUGUCUUGCUUCAAACGACUGCAGUCGCCGUUGGCACGAUGCCGCUAGCUGCAGGUCUGAUCGGCGUCAUACCGGCACUCGGAGAGCUCAAGCUAGACAUCGAUGGCGUCGAGCCUGUCACGCUCUCUGUCACACAACUCAUUCUAUGGUGUGGUUCUGUCGCGGGUUUCGGCAUCUUUUGGGCGGUGCCGCUCAGGAAGCAGUUCAUCGUGCGAGAACAGCUUGCGUUCCCCAGUGGCAGAGCGACAGCUGAGAUCAUAGCAGCUGUUCACAAGGCGCCACGACCAAUCAAGACGAGCUACGAACGGAUACCAGCCGACGAAGAGGAGAGCACUACCAUGCGAGCAACAGCAGAGCGUACCUUUGGCCGUGCAGGCUGGCUCACGCUCUGGGCCUCCAUGGCAAUCUCUGCCGGCUACAUGUGUCUCACAUUUGCCUUUCCGGUUCUAUACGCAUUACCUGUCUUUGACUGGAUUUCUGGACAUGCUCUCGCCCGCAGAUGGGCUUGGUACUUCAGUCCGAGCUUCAGCUACAUCGGUCAGGGUAUCAUCAUGGGCCCAGCGACAGUCUUUUCGCUCGCCGCUGGCGCAUUCACUGGAUGGGCUGUUCUGUCUCCUCUUGCGCAUUAUGCCGGCUGGGCUCCUGGCCAGAUCAACGCAGAUGACGGAGCGAAAGCCUGGAUACUCUGGCCUGCACUCGCUAUCAUGACAGCAGAAUCGAUCAUGAGUCUCGCCAUGAUGAUCUUCAGCGUUGUUGCGAGCGCGCUGCCCCAAGCCAGGAACCUCAAACCGGGCGAAUCGCCCAAAUCGCAACAGCUCAAUCUACCGGAUCAAGAAGAGGAAGGCUAUGAUGACACUGCAAAGGAUGUGUCAAUCAAAACUGUGCUAGCCGGCUUGGCAGCGACCACGAUCGCAUGCGUCCUGUUCAUCCAUAUUCUAUUUGACGGCAUCAAGCCGUGGGCAACGCUGCUUGCUGUCCUAGUAUCUGGCAUACUAUCCGUACUGGGCGUGCGCGCCCUCGGCGAGACCGACAUCAAUCCCGUCUCGGCAAUCGCAAAGAUCAGCCAACUUCUAUUUGCUUUUGUGCAGCCUGGCAUGGUGGCCAAUCUCAUCGCGGGCGGCAUUGCAGAGAGCGGGGCCCAGCAAGCAGGCGACCUGUCUCAAGAUCUCAAGACCGGCCAUCUCUUGCAUGCCGAUCCGAGCGUGCAGCUUGCUGGGCAAGUUAUUGGCUCUGCCUUCAGUGUGGUCUUAUCGCCACUGAUUUACAACCUUUUCCGGACUACGUACAAGAUGCCGAGCCCCGCGUAUCCCAUCCCCGCCGCAGCGGUUUGGCUCAAUCUCGCGCGCCUUGUCAACCAUGGGCAUCUACCGCCACAUGCUGCCAAGGCGAUGGUCGUCGCUGCGGGUAUCUUCAUCUUGUUGUUCGUCGUCAAGACAUACAGCAAGACAGCAGGCAGUAAAUACCCUCGCCUGCAAAGCGCUGUGCGCUACUUUCCGUCUGGUAUCGCAUUCAGCAUCGGUUUUGUCAUAACGCCCAACUUCUCCAUUGCCCGUCUUAUCGGCGGGCUGAUUGCCUAUGCUUGGAACAACCGAUACAGCCAUAGUCGAGAUGCGGACCAGAAGCAUUUGCUACUUAUUGUCCUCGCUAGUGGCUUUGUGCUUGGCGAAGGCGCGGCGUCAAUCGUCGGCCUGACAUUGCGAUCGCUCGGAGUGCAUCCACUUUCGUAUGCAGGCUGCCAUUCGCAUGGCGGCGCAUCACAUCAGCAAGUCAUGUCGGAGCAGGCUCGAAUCGUUCAGACGCGCUCGGGCAGAAAAGUGACACGCAAGACCGCCCGACGCAAGACCCCCGCAGAAGCCGUCGAAAUACUUGAGCAAUACUUUGACCGUGCUCGCUACAUCACCGAGUUGACCAAAGACGAACGUGUCAGUCUGGUCGAGCAAACCGGUUUGCCUGAUCGCAAGAUCUGCUGCUGCCGGGUCAAGGCUAAUAGAGAUCAACAAAGAGAGGACGAGCAACAUAGAGCCGCUGCCGGAAGUCUUGCGCUCGGCAGCACGUCGUCUGCGUAUGAUUCUCUCAUGCGACUUUACGAAAGCGCGACUGCACAGCGUAUGACAUCGCCGGAACCCUCGCUCACGCAAUGGUCAAGUGGAUCCUCGUCAGAUCAUACGUCGAUUCUGGAACAGACAAUUGCGCCAGAAUCGUACAGCGACAUGACUUGGCUCGCCGAUUCGAUAACCCCGUCCGCCCUGACUUUCCUGGACGUGCACUACUUUUGCUUUGGAAAUCCUGCCGAUCCAUGGAUCGCUGCUUCGACUGGCGAGAGGCAAUGUAGCGCACACAUUGACACGAUCACCUCUGAUUUGAUUUAUACGAUCUUGGACGAAGACAAGCAGCUGCACAUGACGAUGCCGGCUACGUCCAUUGUGUCAAUCCAUCUUAUGUUCGUCUCCGGUACAGACGAUGCUUCCAUCUACGUCCAGCUUUCUCGUGCGCCGAUCUUCACUGCUGUUUCGCCUGAAGAAGGCUGCCUGAUCACGGGCGACUGGUCACCGCAAGAGCGAGCAAGCUUCAGACGCUCUCAGACACAAUUUUGGCCACCUGCUCCAGAUUUGUUGCUCAGAUGA